UCCCCUCUGCUGUCCCUAUGAUGCAUCAGGUGAGUCAUACUACCAAUAGCAUCACACUGUCAUGGCCUCAGCCAGACCAGCCCAAUGGGAUCAUCCUGGAUUACCAGCUACGCUACUUUGACAAGGCAGAAGAUGAGGAUAAUUCAUUCACCUUGACUAGCGAGACCAACAUGGCCACCAUAUCAAAUCUGAGCCCCGGCAAGAUCUAUGCCUUCCAAGUACGAGCUAGAACAGCAGUGGGCUAUGGCCCAUACAGUGGAAAGAUGUAUUUCCAGACUUUAAUGGGAGGGGAGCGCUCGGAGAUGGUGCAGGACCGACUGCCGCUUAUCGUGGGCUCAGCACUCGGCGGCCUAGCCUUCUUGGUAAUUGCUGCCAUUGCCAUCCUUGCCAUCAUCUUCAAGAGUAAAAGGCGAGAAACUCCAUACACAGACCGUCUGCAGCAGUAUAUCAGUGCACGAGGACUUGGAGUGAAAUACUACAUUGAUCCUUCAACCUAUGAAGAUCCCAAUGAAGCUAUUCGAGAAUUUACCAAGGAGAUUGAUGUGUCCUUCAUCAAGAUUGAGGAAGUCAUUGGAUCAGGAGAGUUUGGAGAGGUGUGCUUUGGGCGCCUAAAACACCCAGGGAAGCGUGAAUACACAGUAGCUAUUAAGACCCUGAAGUCAGGUUACACAGAAGAACAGCGGCGGGAGUUCCUGAGUGAGGCCAGCAUCAUGGGGCAAUUUGAGCAUCCUAAUGUCAUCCAUCUGGAGGGUGUGGUCACCAAGAGCCGACCAGUCAUGAUUGUCACAGAGUUCAUGGAGAAUGGAUCACUGGAUUCCUUCCUCAGGCAGAAGGAGGGACAGUUCAGUGUGUUACAGCUGGUGGGAAUGCUACGGGGGAUUGCAGCUGGCAUGCGCUACCUUUCAGACAUGAAUUAUGUGCAUCGUGACCUGGCAGCACGUAACAUCUUAGUCAACAGUAACCUUGUCUGCAAGGUGUCAGACUUUGGUUUGUCCCGCUUUCUGGAGGAUGAUGCUUCAAAUCCCACCUAUACUGGAGGACUGGGCUGCAAAAUCCCCAUCCGUUGGACUGCCCCUGAAGCUGUCCAGUAUCGCAAGUUCACCUCCUCUAGUGAUGUCUGGAGCUAUGGCAUUGUCAUGUGGGAGGUGAUGUCCUAUGGUGAGAGGCCUUACUGGGACAUGUCCAAUCAGGAUGUAAUUAACGCCAUUGACCAGGACUAUCGCCUGCCACCACCCCCAGACUGCCCAACUGUUUUGCACCUGCUGAUGCUUGACUGCUGGCAGAAGGAGCGGGUCCAGAGACCCAAAUUUGAGCAAAUAGUCAGUGCCCUAGAUAAAAUGAUCCGCAAGCCAUCUGCCCUCAAAGCCACUGGAACUGGGAGCAGCAGACCAUCUCAGCCUCUCCUGAGCAACUGUCCUCCAGAUUUCCCUUCACUCAGCAAUGCCCAUGAGUGGUUGGAUGCUAUCAAGAUGGGCCGUUACAAGGAGAAUUUUGACCAGGCUGGUCUGAUUACAUUUGAUGUCAUAUCACGCAUGACUCUGGAAGAUAUCCAGCGUAUUGGCAUCACCCUCGUUGGUCACCAGAAAAAGAUUCUAAACAGCAUCCAGCUCAUGCGAGUCCAUUUGAAUCAUCUUGAACCAGUUGAAGUGUGA